UCAAUAUUUCGACGUUACAAUUUUCUUAUGUUUGUAUUGAAAGUUCUUCAUACAAACUUUAUGUUAAAACUAAAUAAAUUUUAAACAAAAUUUGAGCAAAAUCGACCUUUAAAAAAUGGCAACUUGGGCUGAUACUGAAUUACGAUUCGAUAUGUCUUAUUCUGAAAUGAGUUUACUAAACGGAGAAAAAAUAUUAGAUAGUUUGGAAAACAUAGAAGAUUUUAAAGGAAAUAAAGGAGAAAAUGGAGUUAUGUUUAUUACAAAUUUGAGAUUAGUUUGGUAUUGCGUUGGUAAUGUUUUUACGAACGUAGGAAUUGGAUUCAAAUCAAUAACAAACAUCGGUUCAAAAACAGUUAAUUCUCAAACCAAAGGUUCUACAAAGGCCUUAACUCUCUAUGCUCAUUAUAACUUAACUAAAUACGAAUUCGUUUUUGUUAGUUUUAAUAUCAACGAUUCGAGAUUAUUUACAACAGUUCUUGAUAUCUACAGAUCGUAUUUACUGACAAAAAUGUAUAGAGAAAUAAAAUUUCGGGGAGCUUUUCUCCAAAACAAACAGUUACGCAUACUACCAUCGGAAACGAUUUCAAGCGUUGUUAAUGGAAUGUGGAACUUGUCUUGUGACCAGGGUUGUCUCGGAACAUUUAUAAUAACAAAUAUAAGACUUGUUUGGUUCGCAAAUUUAAAUGAAGAUUUUAAUGUGUCAUUACCCUACGUUCAAGUCGAUGAUAUAAGGAAACAAAAUUCGAAAUUUGGGCUCGCACUUGUUAUAAAAGUUACAGAACUUGGCGGCCGUUUUAUUUUGGGCUUUAAAACGGACAGUGAUGAAAAGUUGGAUGUCGUAGAUAAAGAGCUACAAUCACGCUUUUCGGUAUUUUGCAAAAAUCCUGUGUAUGGUGUCGAAUGCAGAUGGCAAAACAAAAGUCAAGUUAACUUUCAAACGCCUUUCGUAGCAGAAGAUUUUCGAAUAGAAGAAUCCAAAGAAGAUACAGCUGACGCACUUUCAGCCUAUGCUGCAUCAAACCAAGAAUUAGAGAAAACUCACGUUUAUUCACCAGAGCUUGGACUUGCCAUACAAACACUUAAAGAAGGGUACACUUUAAAGAAAUUGUGGUCUAUUAUUUAA